UUUUUGCCGGGCAAAGGGACACUUGCGGGGACUACAGGUACUCGGCUGCGGGAAACCCGGCUGCGGAUGCUUGUUGGGCUUGUUCGAUGUUCCAGGUGGCUAUCAACAUCAAGAUGAAUGAUUCUGUCAAUGUAUAGUCUACAGUCGCGCUCAAACGGCACGCACCGAAACCUGAAAAGCCCUUGCGUGCCGAGUCCUUGGGCAGCUUCACAGUUAUUCCCUGACAAACUUGCAUUCCAACUAAUAGCGAUGAUAUAAUAACUGUUGCCUUGCGCCCUGCAGACUCAUUUUAAUUCCUUUCAGAGUUUGCUUUCUCGUAUGGCCACAAAGCUCGCGCAAACCCGUUGGGAGCGAUAUUGAACCCAAAAAACACAUAACAAUGACCUCAACAGCGUCUUCGGUGCGGGACCAUCUCGAGUCCUUGGCUUCCGACGCAUAUAGCGCCGUCUCCGAUGCCGCUCAGCGUGUUGCAAGCUCUCUAGGGCUCCAGGGACAUCAGACAGUCCUGGAGCGCAAGCUUCGACCGCCCAUUGACCGCGGGAUGGCGCAGUUACGGUGGAGCUCGUUUGGCACGGCCGCGGUGGUGCCCUUCCCCUCUCCGCCCCUGGAGGACCCGCGUAUGCUUCUCACCAUGCUAGGCCUCGCACGGGUGCUGUGGGAGGAGGCCGAGGCCGGCACCUCCGCAGCCCAAGGCGCGGCGGCGGGGGGUGCCGGAGGCCUGGGGGCCGGCGGGGGCGGGGGCGGUCUGCCGCUGCCGCCCGUCACGUUGGCUCUGACCGCGGCGGCGGUGUGGCGCUUCCUCAACCCAGUCAUGCUGCGCGAGUGGUGCCUCAGCCCCUACUGCGUAGUGGAGCGGCGCGAGGUGGGCCGGCUGUGGCGCAGCGGCCUGGUGCACCUGGAUGCGCCGCACCUGCUGUCCAACCUGGCCGCCCUCAUCCCCGACUGCGCAGCGCUGGAGAGGCAGCACCAGCGCCAGCACCAGCAGGCUGGGGCGCGGGGUGGAGGUGGAGGUGGAGGAGGUGGGGUGGAGGGCGCGCUGCUGCCGGCCGCGGCUUUCGCGGCGGAUGUGGCGGUGCUGGCGGGCCUGUCCAGCGGCCUGUUCGUGGUCUGGGCUGUGGCUGAGCGGCAGCUGCUGCGGCGGCCCGGCACCUACUAUGCGGUGGGGGCGGUGGGGCUCAGCAGCCUGGCCUUCGCGCUGCAGGUGGUCCGGGGCGAGGCGCGCGGCCCCGGCGCCCGCGUGUGGCUGCUGGGCUUGCCGGUGCCCGCGGCGCACGCCUGGCUGGCGCAGCUGGCGCUCACGCACGUGACGGCGCCGGACGCCUCCUUCGCGGGCCACGUGGCGGGCGUGCUGGCGGGAGUGGCGCACGUGUACCUCGUGGGGCCGGUGCUGCGCUGGAUCUUUGGACGUGGACGCCGGCGGACUGCGGCGGGGGCGGGCGGCGCCCAGCCGCGCUUCUAUGGCUCCGGCACCACCAGCGGCCGACCUGUGGCGCCGCAGGCGGGGGGAGCAGCAGGAGGCGGUGGCGGCGGCAGUGGCGUGGGCCGGGCACUGCGCGGCGCUCUGACGCAGCUGGGGCUGACGGCGCUGGCGGUGGUGGUGUACGCGGCGGCGACCGCGCGGCGGCAGCGGCAGCCCAUGAGCACGUGGCAACUGCGGUGACGGGGCCUGGCUGUGGGAGGACGGCGUUGCGUGCAGCAAAGCAGGAUGUUGAGGCGACACCGGGGAAGUGUGAAGUAUAAGAAAAGGAGAGUUGAGCAAUAGAUGCUCCAGUAGACGUUGAAACGGGCACACAGAGCACCAUGCACAGGCUUUGUGCAUAUGUUUCCUUGUGCUCGUUAACGCAGAGUUACUGCAGCGGCAAUCACGCGAUGUAGGUUGGGCGGGUAAUUUCAGCAAUCAAUUUCAUUCUGGUAGGGGGGAAGGUUAUGUGCCCAAGCCCAAUGAAGUAGGUUAUCGACGUGCGUUGCGGAACUAAUGCGUGCGUAGGUCCCAGGGAGAGCGGCUCGUGCGUGGCGCGUCGGCCAGUUGCUAAUAAUACCGUAAUCUUGUGUAACCAUGCAAUCCA